GUCUUGUUAACAAAGGGACAGAAUGGUCCCAGGGUUCCUUCUUCUUCCUUUCAGUUAAGAGCUCAAGAGUGGAAGUGGGCUGGGGAUGGUGUCGGGGGCCCAAGCUUCCAGCUUCCAAAGGCCCCUGCCUCUUUGCCCUUUGAGCUCAGUCCAGAUGGGAGCUGGCUCCUUCAGAAAGGGGGCUCAGAACAGGGUGUGGGGAGCUACCUCUCUCUGCCUCCCCCCACCACAUCUGCCUGCAGGGCUGGGAGCCCCCACGAGCCAGUGGUCCUGAGCCUUCUGAAGUUAGGAUUCUGCCUGGUGGUGGGGAUCCUGACAUCAAGGAUGGGACACCGUGGAUGGAGGUUCCUGGGGCCUGGCCCCCAAGACUAUGAAGAGCCUUUGCUGAGGCCAUGAGGGGUUACCAUGGCGACCGAGGCAGCCAUCCCCGCCCAGCCCGCUUUGCUGACCAGCAGCAUAUGGACGUGGGCCCAGCUGCCAGGGCCCCAUACCUGUUGGGCUCCAGGGAGGCCUUCUCCACUGAGCCCCGCUUCUGUGCCCCAAGAGCUGGCCUGGGACACAUUUCUCCUGAAGGGCCCCUGAGCCUGAGUGAAGGGCCAUCGGUAGGCCCUGAGGGAGGGACAGGGGGGGCCGGGGUUGGGGGGGGUAGCAGCACCUUCCCCAGGAUGUACCCUGGCCAAGGCCCCUUCGACACCUGUGAAGACUGUGUGGGCCACCCACAGGGCAAGGGUGCCCCCCGCCUGCCUCCCACACUCCUGGAUCAGUUUGAAAAGCAGUUGCCAGUUCAACAAGAUGGCUUCCACACGCUACCAUACCAGCGAGGGCCAGCAGGGGCGGGGCCCGGGCCAGCACCAGGGACUGGCACUGCCCCAGAGCCCCGCAGCGAGAGCCCUAGCCGCAUCCGGCACCUGGUUCAUUCUGUGCAGAAGCUCUUUGCCAAGUCUCACUCUCUGGAGGCGCCGGGGAAGCGGGACUAUAACGGGCCCAAAGCUGAGGGAAGAGGUGGCUCUGGAGGAGACAGCUACCCCGGCCCGGGUUCCGGAGGCCCCCACACCUCCCACCACCACCAUCACCACCACCAUCACCACCACCACCAGUCCCGGCACGGCAAGAGGAGCAAGAGCAAGGACCGAAAGGGGGAUGGGCGGCACCAGGCCAAAUCCACAGGCUGGUGGAGCUCCGAUGACAACUUGGACAGUGACAGCGGCUUCCUGGCGGGUGGGAGGCCCCCUGGGGAGCCUGGUGGUCCCUUCUGCCUGGAGGCUCCAGAUGGGUCCUACCGGGACUUGAGCUUCAAGGGGCGCUCGGGCGGGUCAGAAGGCCGCUGCCUUGCCUGCACUGGCAUGUCCAUGUCACUGGAUGGACAGUCAGUCAAGCGAAGUGCCUGGCAUACCAUGAUGGUCAGCCAGGGCCGGGAUGGAUACCCGGGGGCCGGGCCAGGCAAGGGGCUCCUGGGUCCAGAGACCAAGGCCAAAGCCAGGACUUAUCACUAUCUGCAGGUGCCGCAAGAUGACUGGGGGGGUUACCCCACUGGUGGCAAGGAUGGGGAGAUCCCCUGCCGCAGGAUGCGGAGCGGCAGCUACAUCAAAGCCAUGGGGGAUGAGGAGAGCGGAGACUCCGACGGCAGCCCCAAGACAUCUCCCAAAGCAGUCGCCCGACGCUUCACCACCCGUCGCUCCUCCAGCGUGGACCAGGCCAGGAUCAACUGCUGUGUCCCACCCCGGAUCCACCCCCGGAGCUCCAUCCCUGGCUACAGCCGUUCCCUCACCACCGGACAGCUCAGCGAUGAGUUGAACCAGCAGCUGGAGGCCGUGUGCGGGUCCGUGUUUGGGGAGCUGGAGUCCCAGGCCGUGGACGCCCUGGACCUGCCCGGCUGUUUCCGCAUGCGGAGCCACAGCUACCUCCGGGCCAUCCAGGCCGGCUGCUCUCAAGACGACGACUGCCUGCCCCUCCUCGCUGCCCCUGCUGCUGUCUCAGGGAGGCCCGGCUCCUCCUUCAACUUCAGAAAGGCCCCGCCCCCCAUCCCGCCGGGAAGCCAGGCCCCGCCCCGCAUCUCCAUCACCGCCCAGAGCAGCACCGACUCCGCGCAGGAGAGCUUCACCGCGGCCGAGGGCCCCGCCCGGCGCUGCAGCUCCGCCGACGGCCUGGACGGCCCCGCCAUGGGCGCACGCACCCUGGAGUUGGCGCCGGUGCCGCCCCGGGCCAGCCCCAAGCCCCCCACACUCAUCAUCAAGACCAUCCCUGGCAGGGAGGAGCUGCGGAGCCUGGCGCGGCAGCGGAAGUGGCGGCCGUCCAUUGGGGUGCAGGUGGAGACGAUCUCAGACUCGGACACCGAGAACAGGAGCCGGAGGGAGUUCCACUCCAUCGGCGUGCAGGUGGAAGAGGACAAGAGGCGAGCAAGGUUCAAGCGCUCCAACAGCGUGACGGCCGGCGUGCAGGCAGACCUGGAGCUGGAGGGCCUGGCUGGCCUGGCCACGGUUGCCACAGAAGACAAGGCCCUGCAGUUUGGACGCUCCUUCCAGAGGCAUGCCUCUGAGCCCCAGCCUGGGCCCCGGGCCCCCACCUACUCAGUCUUCCGCACAGUCCACACGCAGGGCCAGUGGGCCUACCGUGAGGGCUACCCACUGCCGUAUGAGCCGCCGGCCACCGAUGGGUCACCCGGCCCUGCCCCCGCCCCCACCCCUGGCCCCGGGGCUGGCCGCCGUGACUCCUGGAUAGAGCGUGGUUCCCGUAGCCUCCCUGACUCAGGCCGUGCGUCCCCCUGCCCACGGGACGGCGAGUGGUUCAUCAAGAUGCUGCGGGCAGAGGUGGAGAAGCUGGAGCACUGGUGCCAGCAGAUGGAGCGUGAGGCGGAGGACUAUGAGCUACCCGAGGAGAUCCUGGAGAAGAUCCGCAGCGCUGUGGGCAGCACACAACUUCUCCUGUCCCAGAAGGUUCAGCAGUUCUUCCGGCUCUGUCAGCAAAGCAUGGAUCCCACUGCGUUCCCUGUGCCCACCUUCCAGGACCUGGCGGGUUUCUGGGACCUCCUACAGCUCUCCAUCGAGGAUGUGACCCUCAAGUUCCUGGAGCUACAGCAACUCAAGGCCAACAGCUGGAAGCUCCUGGAGCCUAAGGAGGAGAAGAAGGUCCCUCCGCCGAUACCAAAGAAGCCCCUGCGGGGCCGGGGCGUGCCGGUGAAGGAGCGCUCCCUGGACUCCGUGGACAGGCAGCGGCAGGAAGCGCGCAAGCGGCUCCUGGCGGCCAAGCGCGCCGCUUCCUUCCGCCACAGCUCGGCCACCGAGAGUGCCGACAGCAUCGAGAUCUACAUCCCCGAGGCCCAGACCAGGCUGUGACCGGUCCGGCCCGCCCAGCCCGGCCCGGGUCCGCGGUUCUCCACCCGUACUGUACACCCAGCGUCGAGGUCACUGUGAACGCGGGCCGCCCCGAGCGCCCGCCCCACCGGCACCGCACGCCCCGGCCCCCGGGCCCGUCGCACUCCGUGGGUUUUUUACCUUCCUGACCCCACGCGAAGGCGCCCGGGCUGGGCAGGGGGCCGUGCCUCUCCGCCCUGCGCCCCUCACCUGGAUCCCCCGCCCACCUGGUCCGACGCUUUGUCCCCACCUCCUCCCCAUGGGCACCAUCUCUGCCAUUCUUUUCCCCCACGGGCCAGGCCGGGCCGGGUCCCCCAUCUGGGCUCUGCGUUCCCCCCCACCCCGCGGGGCUGGGCUUCGUGGGGAUCAAGCUUCGUGGCUUUUUAUGAAGAAUCCCGAACCCCGCCUAGGAGCCUGCCCCACCCUCCCAGGGGCUCCAUCCUCAGCCCUCAGCCCACCGGGCCCAGGGACCACAGUGGCUGGACCAACCCAGGACCAGGGCGCCUGGGCCUCUCCCCUUUCCCAGCGGCUGGGGAGGGGAGAUGGGGGCUUCCCCUCACCACACCUGUGGCUGUUCCCACAUCCCCUUGAGUAUCCCAGGAAAAAUAAAACGGCAGAACUGCA